CAAUGGGCGACCGACUCAGCAGUCGGCGUACACCGCCGCCGACGCCCCCUCGGCUCUUGUAACCCGCAAUGGCGAGGCCUUCACGCCAAACCCUGGCCCCGCCGUCGGCGACCUCCCUCCGCCGGCUGUACGGCCACUCGAAGCCGCCUCCUCCGCCGGCCUCGGCGUUUCGGAAGGCCGCCGCGGUGCUCCUCCUCGCCGCGGCCGUGGCGCUGCCCUGCGCUGUGCUGUACCGAGCCCUCGUGUCGAACACGCCUCCACCGGUGCAGGUCGCCUGGGAUCGCCGGCAGUGGGACCCACCUCUUGCUCCGGUUGUGGUCCCCAAAGCCGAGGAGGACCGCGACCUCGACCACAUUUCCGCCGACGAUCUGGACAUUGAAUAUCUCAAACUUGAGCAAGUUCUACAAGCGGCUUCUAUGGACAAUAAGACCAUUAUAUUGACGACCCUUAAUGCUGCAUGGUCUUCUCCAGGCUCAGUUAUAGAUCUUUUCAUUGAUAGCUUCCGGCAUGGUGUUAGAACUAGUUCACUACUGAAACACCUUGUGAUAAUAGCCUUCGACAGGAAAGCAUAUAGACGAUGUACUGAGAUCCAUACCUACUGUUAUGCUCUUGUAACCGGUAAUGUGGACUUUUCUCAAGAGAAGAGGUUUCUGACUGCUGGGUAUCUGGAGAUGAUGUGGAAAAGGCUGGAUUUCUUGCGCUUAGUUCUUGAAAAAGGUUACAGCUUCAUUUUCUCGGAUGCAGAUAUAAUGUGGUUUCGCAAUCCAUUUCCAUAUUUUUAUCCGGAUGGAGAUCUUCAGGUUGCAUGUGAUCACUAUGUAGGCAAUGCAACUGACUUGAGAAACAUAGCUAAUGGGGGGUUCAACUACGUGAAGUCGAACAAUCAAAGCAUAGAGUUUUACAAGUUUUGGUAUUCUUCACGACUGAGAUACCCUGGCUAUCAUGACCAGGAUGUACUUAAUUUUAUUAAGCAUGAUCCUUACAUUAUGGAUAUUGGAUUAACCAUUAAGUUUUUAAGUACUACAUACUUUGGUGGUAUUUGUGAGCCAAGCAAAGAUUUAAAUGAGGUUUGCACAAUGCAUGCUAACUGUUGCAUUGGAUUGCAAAGCAAACUUCAUGAUUUAAGAAUCAUCAUGGAAGGUUGGAGGGAUUAUAUGUCUAUGCCACCAAGCUUAAAAGCAUCUGGGGCAUUCUCAUGGAGGGUACCACAAAAUUGCAGGAAAAACAAGUGCAUGAGGAACUCCACCUUUUGUUUGAGAAAGACCCGGCUUAGCCAGAUUAUAUCUCGAGGACACUGCCAGUUGAUGCCUUCAUCAGUGUUAUGCAUCCUCUACUUCGGAAAAAUAACCAACACGAAGGGAACAUUCCAAGUUCAAGGGUUGAAGGCAUCGGCACAGCAAAAGAUGAACUGGCUAUGACUUCCCAGUGUAUCCAUGACCAUGCAGAAUGACUGAAUGAGGGGUGGAAUGGUAUUUUCAGUGUUUAUAGGAGUCCUGUUGUUUCUAAUGCAUUGAGGCUCACUUAAUUCAUUUGGUAAAGUGAAUGAAAAACAUGAGAAUAUAUAUUUCCCUUUGAUGGCACUAUACAUUCUUUUGAUUGAUUCAAAGGAAUGGAGUAAAGAAAUAUAAAUGAAACUACAACUAUCAUCCGAUCUCAGAUUCAAGUGAAACAACGCAGGAUUUCCAGAAAGUGAAACAACCCAGGAUUUCCAGAAAGAUUUCCAGAAAUGACGUAAAUGGCAUUCUGUUUUCCCAUUGACAUUGCUUUGACUUUUAUUUCACUGUGCUUAUUCGAGUCAUGUGUUCCUAUCAUAUUCUUGUGUUCUACUACCUCUGUAGUCUGUACACUAAUUAUAAGACGUUUUUGCAAUUCAA